CAUAUUCGAAGAUCUUCCAGGUUCCGUCCCUGGUAUUAACGCAGUGAUGGCUGAGCAACUUGUUCCAAGUACUCAGUUAUUGUGCGAUGCUCUCCAAAUCUUGGGCAACUCGGAUGUUGUUGAGCAUGCCCAAAAGAAGAGAAUCAUACUCAGCAAGUUUCCCAAGAAAGAUACGACUGAGACAUGGGAUAAAGGUCAGCGACAUUGGACGAGUUUUGAACAGGAACAUGUGACGGGUCUUAGCGGUCGGGCUACCGUUGCGGCUAAGGGGUUUUAUCAGUAUGGCAACGGAAAGAGACAGGUUGAUAUCAAGCCAGGCGAUUAUUGGGAGCUCCGCUGGGACUACGACCCUGGUAAAGGGUCUCAUGUUAAUGUGAAAGUGGGAAACAACAAGUUUGCUGUUCUCUACCCGGAUGGAUCCAUCAGCAGGGAUCCUAACACAGCACCAGGGGUAUAUUUUGACGUCCUUCGUGAUCAAACAUCAUUCGUGGGAUACAAGAAAGGGAUGAAUCAGGAGGACCUGGACUAUUGCGCCGGGAUGCUUGCUGAGUACUAUCGCGUCAAGUUUUAACAUUUGGACUUGUUGAUGAGCUGGCUAAACAGCAACUUCAAAUAGACUAGACAUUAGAG